UUUUGAAUUUGUAAGAAUUACUACUUUUGAAAACUUUAUUUUCAUUAAUAACACUUAGUUUUGAAGUUAAUCAUUUGAUUGGUUACAUUAGUUGAAUAUGAUUGGCUAAGAAUGUAGGAAAGAUUAUUUAUACUAUUAGAAUUUGAACAGUUGAUUAUAUAAGACAUAAAAAUUAAAAAAAUAUAUAAUCUAUAGUAUUUCAUUGAAUAAAUUUAUUUAUUUAUUUGUUACCGUCCAGAGCAUGAUCAAAUAAUUUUAAAACUUUUUUAUGUGAAAUGAACACUGAGAACUAUCUAAAUGUGGAUCUAUCGCACAAUAACACUAAUAAUAAUGUAAGUGAACAAUUACAUACAAAUAGUAGUUCUAUAGUGGAAACUAUAACAUUUCUGGGAUUUAUUGUAAUUAUAACUAUCACUAUUGGUGGUAAUUUACUUGUUCUUGUUGCAAUCUGUACAAAACAUAAAUUACGAAGAAAUGUUACUAAUUGUUUUAUAGCAUCUUUAGCAGCAGCAGAUUUACUUUUGGGAGCUAUUGUUAUGCCAUUCGCUGUAAUUGAUCUAUUAAGAUCUAUCCAUAAAGAUGGUCUUCCAAAAAAUCAGCAGGAUCAGUAUAUUUUAUGGCCAUUUGGUCAAACCUGGUGUGAUAUGUGGCAUGCAUUUGAUGUUCUUACUUCAACAGCUUCAAUUUUAAAUUUAUGUGCAAUUUCAGUGGAGCGUUAUAUUGCUAUUUCAGACCCAUUUAAUUAUCCUUUACGUGUAACACAUUCACGAUGUAUUCUUAUGAUUAUGCUUACUUGGGUAUGCUCAAUACUAAUUUCCUUUCCAGCCAUUGCCUGGUGGCGACAUUCAAAUAGUACAUUUAAUGUAUCUGAUAUACAUGGUGUACCAGAUUUGGAAUGUUUAUUUUCUUCCGAUAGAGUUUAUCUAUUCAUUUCUUCGUGUAUUUCAUUUCAUAUACCCUUGAUAGUUAUGAUUUUUGUUUAUUGGAAAAUUUAUCAGAAAGCAAAUGGUCUCAUCAAGACACUGAACACAGGUAAACGGUUGAUUUAUCGAAAAUCACUAGGUGGUGAAGCGAUGAUAUUAAGAGUACAUAGAGGCGGCAUUACUAAACCACUGCCGUCAGCCUUGCCUCAAGGUGUAUUACCUCAUAAUUCUAAUACUUCUAUUAAAGUAUCGUGUUUAUCUUCUUGUGAAAUCCUCAACAAUCAGUCACCAGUAUUGUCGCCUACAGCAAAUGGUAAUAAUGACAAUAAUCAUGAAAUAUUAGAGUGUAAUAUAAAUGAAAACAAAAAUAAUAAAAAACAUGUUAAAUUUAUUCACCCUAGAAAAACUGAAUCAAUUCAUGGAAAAAACACUAACUGCACAUUAUUCUCUUGUUGCUACAGAACUAUAUUUAAUCGAUUUAAUGCAAAUAAGUCAUUAACACAAAAGGAUGACAAUGUGACAGCAACACCUGGGAUGCAGAAUGAAGAAGAAAGUUUACUGUCAUCAAGAAGCUACCUAAGUGAAAUAAAAAAACGAGUACAACGAUUUACUAAAGAACGAAAAGCAGCUAAAACUCUUGGAAUUGUGAUGGGUGUAUUUGUGUUAUGCUGGUUACCAUUUUUUGUUUAUAACACCAUGAAAGCUAUUUACCCGUCAGUUUUAAAAACUCAAGAGAAUAUAAUUUUUCCACUUGUCACAUGGCUUGGCUAUUUGAAUUCAGGUGUCAAUCCAUUUAUCUAUGCAUAUUCUUUACGGGAUAUUCGUAAAGCAUUUCUGGAUAUUCUGUGCACACAAUGUAAAACACAUUCUAAUUGGUGUCGCACAAAGCUAAAUCAAACUAGAGAUACCUAUGUAUCACAAUAUACCGAUGAACCAACAGACGCUAUAAAGUCUAUUAAUUGUCAGUCUACAAUGUCACUUGCUAAUGGUUCAAUAUCAUACACAGAUCACAAAUAUUCCCUGGAAUCGCCAUCUUCACCAUAGCAGAAGUAUUUCUCUCUUGAAAUGAAUUUAGAUGGAAAUAAUUCACGAAAUGAAUUGUUCGAUAACAAUAACAAGACAAUAUAGAAAUUUAUAGAAUUUUUGGAAUUUACUAUAACAUCUGACAGUCUAACUUCGAGUGUAUCAGAAGGAAAUUUCAUUUAAAACAUUUCGGCAUGUAUAUGGUAACUAGCAUCAUUUAUUAGUGAAUGUAUGAAAAACGAUUCAUAAAUUCUAUACUAAAACAGUCCAUAUUUUAUCAGCAAUGCUAUUUCUAUAUCAUAACACUAUCACUAAAAUCCAAAACUCUAGUUAUAAAUGUUUUUUUAAGACAAAUGUUUGUACAGUGUACGAACUUAUGUAAAAAAGAGUAGGUUUAAUUUCGAUCUUGUCUAUCUAUCUAAAUCUGUCAAACUACUGAAAUAAUAAAAUGAUACUUAACUAUGUUCAUCACUGUGCUGUAAAUAACUAUAUUCACUAAGUUUAUCUAGAAGAUUGGAAAUUAGUAUUCCUAAAGAAAGUCUGAAAACCAUUGGAUCUAACAUAUUUCAAAAGUUGAAAUAUCAGACGGCUUGGAAAAUAGUCAAGUUAAUAUCUACUAAGAAUUUAUUUCUUUGACAAAUUACAAAUUCAUAAGGAGAAAAACUCUCACGCAAAUAAGCUACACUCGGUAUGUUAUAACGCGAAUUUGACAUGCGUAGUAUUGUUCAAUGAAUAAUGUUGGGUACAUAUGCUAACUCUUUAAAGUUCAAUGUUAUUGUAGUAAGCUGAUAGUUUUGUACAGUAGUCGUACAUCGAUACUCAGAGCACAGGAGAUUAUAGAAAUAAAAUCAUAUGUUCCAACUAGUAAAUGAAAAAAUGUAGUACUGAGCACAAAUCUUGAAACCUAUAUUACACAAAUCGAUUGAUAUUUGAAUAAGUCAACGUCAAACAGGUAAAUAUUUACUCAUGUUAUUAGAAAUGACUGUUAACACCCCUAAAAUGACUGGUGUAAAGCGAUAUCAUGAGAAAUGUCUAUUCACAGCCAUGUGAGCAACUCUUUAGAAGUUCAGAUUCCAACGUAAACACGAAACGGUUGUUGAAAAUUAGGGCUGAUAUUUGGAUUUGGAAAUCACUGACUAAUAAAUGGUUUUCAAAUGUUAUUUUGAUUUUGUAUAUAUCAUACAUAAGCAAAAGUUUUUUUAAUAUUUCAUUUUCACUUGUUUCCGAUAUUAUUUGUGAAAUUUAACAUUAAAAAUGUCAUUUUAAUGGAAAAUAAUCAUUCCAGUAUGAUUCCCUACUUCAGACAAUCAAAUGUUUAUAAAGCGCUGUUCAAUCUUUUUCAAUACAUACCUAUUCAAAAAAUAACGAUCCUGAACUUUAUGUUACUCGGCUUGAAAACGUCUUAAACUUCC